AUGCGUAGAAGGUUGUGCCGAUGGAUUUCAUUAGCCGCUUACGCCGGCAUCGUGUUAACGAUGUUCUUGACCGUGCGGGAGUUCCUUUUGCUCAGCCGCUUUUAUGCUUCACAGGAAAGAGAUGCAGGCAGAAGCUCUGCCCCAACAGUGACUGUGCUCAUCUGGUGGUAUCCGUUCGGCAAGAAAACCGAGAUCAAAAACUGCACCGCUCUCCACGUUCACGGCUGUCACUUGACAACAGACCGGCGGCUCUAUGUUCGUUCACAGGCUGUGGUCAUACACCACAGGGAUUUGGAACGCAAUCCGCAACAGCUUCCCUCAGGACGGAGACCUAUUGCCCAGGAAUGGGUCUGGAUGAAUUUCGAAUCUCCCAGUUACUCCUCCCGGCUGGAGAAACUGAACGGUAUCUUCAACUGGACCCUGACUUACAAACGCGACUCGGACAUUUUCGUUCCUUAUGGGUACCUCUAUCCCCGAGAAACGGGCGACCGGAGGAUAGUACUGCCCAAGAAAACUAAAUUAGUGGCUUGGGUCAUCAGUAACUGGAAUGAAAAUCACACACGAGUUAAAUAUUACCACCAGCUCAAGAACUAUAUGAACAUUGACGUGUAUGGUAAAUCUGGCCUGGAUCUUAAAAACGACAAUGUUGUUCUGACAGUAUUACCGUAUAAGUUUUAUCUGGCAUUCGAAAAUUCGCAGCACGUGGAUUACAUAACAGAAAAACUCUGGAGAAAUUCCUUCUUAUCUAGCGCUGUGCCUGUGGUGCUGGGACCCAGCAGAGCCAACUAUGAGCAGCACAUCCCGACGGGUUCCUUCAUUCAUGUCAAUGAUUUUUCCUCACCCAGAAAACUGGCCGAAUAUUUGAUGUAUUUGGAUGAAGACGAGGGAAGCUAUAAAAAGUAUUUCGAGUGGAAAAGGCACUACAAAGUGCAUCUGACGAAGUUUUGGGAGGAGCAGUUCUGCAAAGUCUGCAAAGCUGUCCAAAGCUCAAGGGGGCAAUACAAGACCAUCUCAAAUCUGGACUCGUGGUUUCGAUAACUGCAGGGUACACAUUUCAGUUUCAAACAAAAAC